AUGACAAUUCGAGAUGAGUGUUACACGCUGGGGAAGCAGCUCUGCAUCUGGGGACUUCAACUGAGCAACCCGGAGGUUGCCAGACUCGCUUUGCUUCUGGAGUUGAAGGGGCACACCCCCUGCCCACUGACCACCCUGGAACUCGUUGAUUGCAAGAUGGACCUGUGGUCUCUGGGGAGGCUUGGGCAGGCCCUGCAGUUCAGCAGCUUGCAUUCUCUUGUCCUCGAUUACUGCACAUUUGGAAGUGAAGAAAUGGAGAGCAUUUUCUCAGGCCUGGAGCACCACCCCAGGCUUCAAGGCCUCAGCCUGCGCUACUGUGGUCUGGGGCCGCGGAGCGGGCCACGCCUGGGCUCUGUCAUCUGCCGGAGUGCCAUUUGCGAGCUGCACCUGGACGGCAAUUACUUGCAGUGUUCCGGAGCGCUGGCCCUCCUCAGGCCCGUAGCCGAGUAUGCCGAGAUGCGGGGCAGAGGCCCGCCAGCCACAGCCUCGCCAGACUCCAGCGGUCCCCCUCACGCACUCCCAGCCAGUCAGAGAGGAAGUUCAACUUUGAACCAGAUGACAAAGUCAUCUGGAACUGGAACUGUGAAAACUACUUCAGGGAAGAAGAAGAGAAAAAAAGGAAUCAAGAAAAAUAUUAAAGGUCUGAUGGAGGCUGGUCCUUGGUUAGUGAAAUUGUAUUUGGCCGAUAAUGGCAUAGAUGGAAAAGGGAAAGAUGGAGAAAACAGUUUGUUGGAAUUCACUCAAACCUUAACAUGCCUGAUCCGAUACUCUGCCCACUUAAAGGAACUUGACCUUGGAAACAAUGUCCUGGGAGAAAGGGCUGCUGCUGACAUACUUGAAGCACUGAGAGCCAGAAAGACAGGUAAACUCCCAGUCUUAAAAGUUACAGUCACCCCUCAGAUCUCUUCGGACACCUUCAGAUCUAUUUGGAAAAGCUGCAAUAAAUCUAAUGUUACCCGUAAAAGGAAGAAAAAGGUUAAACACUGAAUAUGGAUACCAUGUUUCCUUAUGGAUGCUAUUUCCAUGACCAGUGAGACACACAUAUAAAGAUAUUGGUUGUUAUAUGAUAAUAUUUUUCACUAUAACCAAGCCUCUUUCAAGUUCUAAAGUUUGAUAAGACUGUUGUAGGAAAGUUCAAAGUAGUUUUAAUGCUAUCAUGCUUGUCAUUUUCUAAAAUUUGGGUUUCACAAGUAAGCCUUAGUAAAAAAAAAAAAAAA